GGGCUGCCAGAUUUUUUAAAUGGUGGAAACGUUCGUUUAAAGAGGAAAAAAAACGGAAAGAGCUCGAGCGCCGGUCACGUGACUGGAAGAAAAAAAGAAGGCUCUGUCUCAUGACCUUUUGACUCUGAAUUGUUACGGACUCAGUGAAAGUCCCUUUAAGAUAGAGAGUGUGUGUAUGUGUGUGUGGGGCGUGCUUACGUCAAUAGAAGAUAAAGGACGUAAUGACGUUGUUGAAGAAGGAGAGAGAGAGAGAAGGGAGAGAGACACCAGCCUGCUUGUUUUCUCUAUCGAUGGAUGAGAAACAAUAACUGUGUUUGCCAUAGAAAUCCACGUAUGGAAGUUGGAAGUAAUCCGGUGGAGUUCACUUUGUUGCUGACCUGUAGAAGGAAACAGGUAUUUGUGUGUGGACGACCACGGUUCGGAUGCUUUUCGGGGUGAGGAAGUCACUACCGAGUAAACACUGGAGUGUCGUUUGGGUUCCAUCGUGGAACAUUUGGAUUUCGUAUGUACUCUCUCUGUUUUUCUACAUCUACAUCUUAUCUUCAGACAACGGUGGUUGUUGAAGAAGCCCUUGCUCAUAUUUCACCUUAUGGCUUGCGGAACUGAACUUUAAGAACCAUUCCGGAACUGGGAGUUUUGGACUUUGUCACACACACACACGAAGAGUUUAGUUUUGGGGUUAACGUUCGAGGUUUAACAUUCUUGAAUUCUAACAUACUAACAUUUUUUUUUACUUUUAUUUUACGUAUUAUCAUAAGUAGUGAUUAAUAAAAUAGUUUUUAACACUGAAUCAUGCUCAGUGUGUUUCUUUUGUUGCUGGUUUGUGACAACAUUGGGGGCUCGUCCGGGAUAGUUCCCAAGGUUAACGAGUGUCGUCUGGGAUUGUACCCCAGAUUGACGAGAUUUGUUCGGGAUUCAAUCCAAAGAUUUUUGAGGGAGGUCUGAUAAAUUCUUUUUAAUUGGCUUGUGUGUGUGGAAACCAGCAGCAAUGGAUAUUAAGGCAUUUUUGGAGUCACCAACCCAAAAAGGAUUGGAGGUGGCGAAAAAGGAUGAUUUGAUAAAGAUUGCUACAAGGUUAAACCUUACAGAAGUAAAGCAAUCUAUGAGAAAGGCAGAUAUUCAGAGACUGAUAGCUGGCCAUUAUGUGGAAAAGAAGGUGUUUGAGAAGGAAGUGUUAAAACAGUUUCCUGGCAGUGAAAUAGCAAUUUCUGAGGCACAGAUGCAGCUGGCAAAGAUAGAAGCUGAACGAGAGCAAACCCAGUUAAAGAUAGAGGCUGAACGAGAGCAAAAUAAAUUAGAAGCUGAACGAGAACAAAAGAGAUUAGAGGCUGAACGAGAGCAAACCCAGUUAAAGAUAGAGGCCGAGCGAGAGAAAUUAGAGGCCGAACAAAAGAAAUUAGAGGCCGAACAAAAGAUAACUCAGAUGAAGAUAGAGGCUGAUCUAGCAAUGAAGCAGAUGGAAUUGAAGAGGAUGGAGCUGGAUAGUGAGGAGAAGGAGAAACAGAGGCAGCAUGAGUUACAAAUGAAGCGUAGGAGUUCGGAAUCUGAUUCUGAUGAUGGUUUUUCAGCCAGCAGGGAGGUUCGAUUAGUCCCUCCAUUUGAAGAAGAUCAGGUUGAUCAGUAUUUCCAACAUUUUGAAAAGGUUGCUGUGAGUUCAAACUGGCCAAGGAAAGGAUGGGCUCUUAUGGUACAGAGUGUGAUUAAAGGUAAAGCUCAAAAAGCUUAUUCUGCUUUGUCUGUUGAGGAUGCAGCUGAUUAUACCAAGGUAAAACAAGCUAUUUUGAAGGCCUAUGAAUUGGUCCCUGAGGCUUAUAGACAAAAAUUCAGAGACUUGAGGAAAUCUACAGAUCAGACUUAUAUGGAAUUUGCCAAUGGAAAGAGAAUAUGUUUUGAACGAUGGUACAUGGCUAAAAAUGUAGAUGGGGAUUUUGAUAAAUUGAAAGAAUUGAUACUAGUGGAAGACUUUAAAAGAUGUGUUCCAGCUGAAUUAACAACAUAUUUAAAUGAAAAGGCAGUGGAAACUUUACAGGAAACUGCUAGGUUGGCAGAUGAUUAUGCUUUAACCCAUAAAUCCAAAUGGGGACAACCUAAAACCUUUCAAAAGAGUUACAAAGACAAUCCAGGUAAACCAGAGAUUAAAUUGGGAGGUAAUCAAAAAGGAAAAGAUGAAAAGAAGCCAGGGCUGGAGAAACCUGUUGAGCGUACUUGUUAUUACUGUAGGAAACCUGGCCACGUGAUAUCUAAUUGUGCCCUUUUGAAGAAAAAGAAGGAAGCUGGGCCCAAUGCUUGCUUUCAGGCAAUUAAAAAUCAAAAAGGUUUAGGAGAUGCUGUUAAAGAUCAGUCCUUGCAAGAGGGAAAAGCGGAAAAGUUGGAGGAGGUGAGAAAAGAAUUCCGUUCGUAUGUAUCAGAGGGUUUUGUUUCACUGAAUGAUGAGUCACCCCAGGUGCCACUGAAAAUUCUUAGAGAUACUGGGGCUAGUCAAUCUCUCUUGCUGGACAGUGUUUUAAAUUUUGGUGAAGAAAGUGACACUGGUGAGGUAAAUCUAGUGCGAGGCGUUACAGGUGAGACCAUGUCUGUCCCUUUUCACAGGGUGAUUUUAAAGUCAAAGUUCGUAGAAGGACCAGUCGAGAUAGGGAUAAGACCUAGUUUGCCAGUGGAAGGAGUUUCUUUGUUAUUGGGAAAUGACCUUGCAGAUGGAGAAAGUGAUCCUGUGGUACGGUUAACAACCAAACCAAGGAUUGAUGAGUCUGAGAAUGAUCCAGAUGUUUACCCAUCAUGUGCGGUGACUCGAGCUAGAGCUAGAGAAUUAGCCAAGACAGACAGUCCGGUGCAGUCUGAUGUAGUUCCUUGUGACAGUCCUAAACAGGAAGAAAAUUAUGAUGCCUUAUCUGAGACUUUUCUGUCUUCACUGGAGGAUCAACAUCCUUAUAGUGAGCCUGAAUUUAAAGAUUUGUCUUUGUCGAGGAAGGAUUUUAUGGUGGAACAGACAAAGGACCCUGAAUUGACAGAAUUGAAAGAAAAAGCACUCUCAUGUGAGGAGAUUGAAAAAGUGCCAACUGGAUACUAUGUCAAAAAUGGAGUGUUAAUGAGGAAAUGGAGACCUCCUCAUGUUCCUGUUACUGAGGAAUGGGAAGUUAUUCAUCAGGUUGUUGUUCCAAAAGUUUAUAGGGAUGAGAUUUUAAACCUGGCCCACAGUAUGCCUUUGGGUGGUCAUUUUGGGGUGAAUAAAACUGUAGGGAAGAUCUUGAAACAAUUCUAUUGGCCUGGUUUGAGAAAAGAUGUGGUGAUGUUUUGUCGAACCUGCCACACAUGUCAGAUGGUAGGUAAACCAAAUCAAAAACCCCCUGUGGCUCCUUUGAAACCAAUUCCUGCUUUUGGUGAACCCUUUUCAAAGGUGAUUGUGGACUGUGUUGGUCCAUUACCAAAGUCUAAGACUGGAAAUCAGUAUUUGUUAACCAUCAUGUGUGCCACUUCUAGAUUUCCAGAGGCAAUACCCCUUAGAAAUAUUAAGGCCAAGACGGUGUCAAAGGCUCUUGUAAAAUUUUUUUACCUUGUUUGGUUUGCCAAAAGAAAUCCAAUCUGAUCAAGGUAGUAAUUUUAUGUCAAAAAUUUUUCAACAAAUAGUCUAUGAGCUGGGAGCAAAGCAGAUUUUAUCAUCUGCAUAUCACCCAGAAUCUCAAGGAGCUCUGGAGAGAUUUCAUUCUACUCUCAAAAAUAUGCUGAAGACUUAUUGCUUUGAAAACACCAAGGAUUGGGACGAAGGUAUCCAUUUACUUUUGUUUGCCGUUAGAGAAUCGAUCCAGGAGUCAAUCGGAUUUAGUCCGUUUGAGCUUGUGUUUGGACAUAGGGUGAGAGGACCUUUGGAGUUGUUAAGAGAGCAAUGGGUUAAUGAGGAAGUUCACUUGGGUCUGUUGGACUAUGUCCAAAAAUUUAAAACUCGGUUGGAGAGAGUCUGCCAGCUAGCGAGAGAGAAUCUGAAAACAAGCCAGAUAAGAAUGAAGACAUAUUUUGAUAGACGUGCUCGGCCUAGGACAUUCGCAGUGGGGCAAAAGGUGUUGGUAUUUUUCCCUAGCCAAAAUAAUCCCUUGCAAUCUCGUUUUUCUGGACCCUAUGUUAUUGAAUCUCGAGUGACUGAUCUAACAUAUAUAAUCAAAACACCAGAUAGACGCAAGAAAACACAACUCUGUCAUGUAAACAUGCUAAAACCUUAUUAUGAGAGGGAUUCAGUUGUGGCCUUGGUGGAUGGUGUAAAGGUUGUUUCUAGAAUGCCUGAUGUUGAUGUUGAGGAAGGCCAAUUUAGACCAAAUAUUGUUCCCUCGAAACUAAAAAACCAAAAUAUCCUGGAGAACCUUGAAACGAAGUUGGACCAUUUACAAGUUUCACAAAAACAACAGAUGAGAGAAUUAAUUUUAAAAUUUAAAAAUCUGUUCCCAGAUGUUCCAAACAGAACAUCGAUAAUUACCCAUGAUGUUGAUGUUGGGGAUGCAAAACCAA